UCUUUUAUAUAUAUGUCUAUGCUCAUCCUACUCACCCCCCUUUAUAAAAUAAUUCUCAAAAUCCCCCAAAAAAAAAAAAAAGACAAUUUUUUGGUCAAUACCCUCUUCCAGUUUUGAACUCCUUCCCAAUUCCCUUUCUUCCUCAAUUUCUGCCAAUUUUCUUCUUCUUCUGGACAUGGACAUAGGAGGCAAAGAAAAGCUUGAAGCUUUUGAAGCUAUGGAGUUGAGGGAACUCAGUUGGGUAAUCAUGAAAAGUGGAGAAGAUGAAGUUUGUGAAGCUUCUAUCUCCACCAUGGAUUCUUCUUCGGAGAACUCGAUCAGCUCAAUUGAAUCUUUUUCAUCGGAAUUGGCUGAAGAUGCAUCAUCUUCUUCUACUUCAAACCCUUCAUUAUCGUCAUUCUCGCCGUUAUCAUCAUCGAGUGGACCUCUCUAUGAGCUCUCAGAGCUGAUGGCCAAUCUCCCCAUCAAGAGAGGGCUAUCCAAAUUCUAUAAUGGGAAAUCACAAUCUUUUACAUCUCUAGCAAGUGCAAAGAGCUUGGAAGAUCUUGCAAAGAGAGUGAAUAAUAAUAUUAUUAUUCCUCAAAGGAAAAAGAUGAAGUGUUGUAAAAGCUAUGGAGGAGGGUUAGAUGCUCAAAGAUCUUAUUCUCCAAAGGCUUCCAUUGCUAAAAAACCUUCAAAGGCAGUUUGUAAGAGAAAUAAUAGGUUAUUUGACAGCCAUUGAUAUAUUCUCCACUGAUCUUUAGAGGCAAAGUUUUCAAUUGUAAUGCUAAUUGUAUCGUCAAGAGUUUGGAGUGUUAAUUUUUGGAAGGGAAAAUAUACUGAAAUGACUGAUCAUUUUAUUUGAAAGAUGGAUUGUCUGAUCAUUUCAGACAUGUAAUGCUUGUUCA